AUGGAAACGGCUGAUGCUACUGAGCAGGGGGGGUUGACCAUGUUCCGGGCCUACGAAGCGAUCAUGAACUGUUUCUACCCAUGGUCGCAAGUUCCAGCCGGGGGUGUUUGUUGUGCCUUUUGGGGCUCCCCAGACCAGAAAAAGUGGUCUGAUGUGACGGACUUGUUGCAAGCGCAAGUGGAGGCCUGCGGCACUUUCGAGCUGGCGCCGGAUGUGAACAUACUUGGUGAUCCAGCAGAAGGACACCGCAAGGAGCUGGUGGUGUUUGCCGUUGCUGCUGCCACAGCCGACUUGGAGAAUGCUUCGAGAGGUGCAGCGGCUGCCACUGUUCGGACGGUGGUUGUGAAAGGAUCGCUCUUCGGAAUAUUUGCUGCAAGCAUGGGCUUACCUAUCGGCGUGGCUGUGAUUGCAUCGCCUGUUGGCUGGGCAGUCACUGGAACCACAGUUGCUCUAGCUGGUUGGUGUCACAGCCUUCGCUCUCGAGGCCAGCAGGUCCCCGCUUGCGCGGUCAUGGGCCAGGUAGAGUCAGCAAUUGACGUAGAUCCUCAUACCCGAUUCACGCCUUGUGCAGACAACACCCUGCUAGUCACUGAGCCUGCUGUCGUCGGUGUCACAGAUGGUAUCAUCGGGGCCUCUGCUGCCCAUGUCAGCUCUGCUGAAACAUUUGCACAUUUGCACGCAAGCUGUGGCCACAACAUGGACCUUGUGUUCAAAGCCCUGGACAAGUCCCUCAAAGCUGUCCAGCGAGUACACCCGUUUACCAAUGGCACAGAGCUUCAGAAGGUUCUUGUGCAUGCGAACAUGAUUUGCGACCAUCUCUUCAUGGCCGAGGCUAGUGCGGGGGCCGCGCUCGCGGUGGAUGCCAGCUUCGCUGUUGCCGAGGGCGGUGUUGGGGUGGCAGCUGUAUCUUCCGACGGAGCUAUGGCACUCGAAGGCACCACAGUACUGGAAGGGUUGGCAGCAACAGAAGGCUCUGCAGCUGCAGGGGAGGUCGCGACCGUCGCCGUCGCACCUACAGCCCUUGCAUCUACGAUGACAAGUGAGACUGCAGUGUCCGCCCUGCUGACGACUGCUCCAGCUGUGACUGCCGGGGAAGCAGCGCUGGCAUUGGCGCCAGUUGUCACGACAGUUGGCGAGGCCAUCGCGACAACCGCCAUAGUUGGCGAGGCGGCCGCUGCUGUUGGGGAGGCUACGGCAAGCGUUGCAGCCCUUGGAGAGGCUGUCGGCGCAGCAGCCGCAGCCGGGGAGGCCAUGGCAGCAGCGGCCGCUGCAGCCGAGGCGACUUCAACCAUCGCAACAGUCGCUGAGUCGGCUGCAGCUGCUGUCGCCGUUUGUGUGACCAUGUGA